GGUGCAUCCAAUUCGGUAUCAAGUGCGAUGGCUAUCCGCCUCCUCCGAAAAAGAACGUAAACCCGAAAAUUUUGGUCAUACCCUCAACAGCAAUAGUAGAAAGACCGAACUAUUCCCAAGUCCUGGCCGGGCCUUACGCGCGGCCCAAACUGAUGGUUGUCCCUUCCUCGCCACUAAAGUUCGCAGAUGAGACCGAAGAACGCUACUUCAGGACUUUUCAGAACGAAACAGCAGCAGAGCUCGAAGGCUGGUUCGACAGCUCAUUCUGGCAUCGCCUCAUUUUACAGGCCUGUGUCGAGGAGCCGUUUACGCAGAAGGUGGUUACGGCCUUGGCCGCUAUGAGCACCUCGAAGAAGCUUUUACACAAUACCGAUACAGAUACAUCUCAUCGUGCCAUCGUCGCCCAGCAGACCGAGUUUGCGUACAAGCAAUAUCAAAAAGCGCUUCAAGAGAUGAGGAAUGCCCUGGAAAAGGCCGGAGACAGCAGGAAGGCCCUAAUAGGCUGUAUUUUGGUGUGUUGUUUUGAAAGUCUUGUGGGGAACACGGCUUCUGCUCACGCCCAUGCCAUCAGCGGGCAGAGACUCCUUGAGCAGUGGCUCGUCCAACACCCCUACAAGAACCCCCUCGAGAUUGGAAUCGCAUCCCCAGCAAGUCAUUUGAUUGAAGACGACAUCAUCCAGGCUGCCAACUUUUUCAAUUGUCAGGUCUCAGCAUACCUUGAUCCAAGACCGGCGUCAGAGCAUGCUAGGCUUCGACAUGAAGGCGAUGAAACGAUGGCACACAUGCCCCAUAAAUUUGAAACUAUGAGGGACGCUCAUCGUUACGCCAUGCUCAUGUUCAGGAGAAUUAUUCACUCUAUUCGUGAAGUUGCUGAACUUGCCGGAGAUGGCCGAAUUUCUACAAACUCGAACUUUCAAAUUCUCGAAGAAGGGGUGUCUGCUUUGUCAAUUUCACCCGGGAAAGACCAGUCUCCCGAGCCUCAAGUAGCAGAUCCAUACGCGUUCGCGGUCCAGCAAGGGCAGUGUUCGUUGGAGCUCUCUCGGUGGCGCUCCGCCUUUUCUGGUCUUUAUGAGAGAAUUAUGUUGUCGACCGACAAGCGCGAACAAGCUGCAGCAAAAUCACUUAGUAAGUAGUGGGGAAGAAAUAUCUUUUUCAUUCUAAUAGUCUUACGAUCUCUGCGGAGACGAGAUCACAGAUCUUUCGAAUUAAUCCGUAUUAAGUUAUUACUGACCGAUCUAGUUGCCUUGACCAGAGCCUUCGACAUUACCAUUGCGGUGAGCCUCGACACGGACAACUGCUCCUGCGACCACCUCACCUCUGUUUUCCAGGAAGUACUUGAUCUUGA